AUGGAGGGCCAGGUCCACGUCGAAGUGGAGUGGUCAGGAACUGAGGUAGAGCCAGCAGAACAGGGCACCAAGGCGGAGCAGGGAACCAGGGCAGAACCAGCAGAGCAGGAAGCCAGAGUGGAGCAGACGAAACUGGAGCUCACCAGGGUGGAGCAGACGGAACUGGAGCUCACCAGGGCAGAGCAGACGAGACUGGAGCCCACCAGGGCAGAGCGGAUGAGACUGGAGCCCUCCAGGAUGGAGCGGAUGGGACUGGAGCCCACCAGGGCGAAGCAGACGAGACUGGAGCCCACCAGGACUGCUUUGGAUGCGACUAGCUCAGGGAGUCCUGUACAUUGUUCGGUUUCGGUUGAGCCCGUGCAGCAGGGCAACUGGGUGACAGUGAGGCGGCAUAGUCGUGGGUCAAAACACCACUCUUCCGUUCCGAUCAGAACAUCAAACAGGUUCUCCCCACUCAGUGAAGCAUCCACUGAGAAACCUGAUGAAAGUGCUCUAGUUUUUGGCGAUUCUAUUGUACGGAACGUGAAAAUAGAGACACCAGCCACCAUAGUCCAUUGUUUACCGGGAGCCAGAGCGCCUGACAUCUUGGCAAAUUUAAAAGUGCUGACUAAUGCUAAACGUAAAUUCAGUAAGAUUGUUAUCCACGUCGGCGCUAAUGAUGUUCGACUUCGCCAGUCGGAGAUCACCAAAAAUAAUGUUAAAGAGGUGUGUGAACUUGCAAGUACGAUGUCAGACACUGUAAUAUGCUCUGGUCCGCUCCCUGCUUACCGUGGCGAUGAGAUUCAUAGCAGACUGUCGUCACUUAAUGGCUGGAUGUCUAAGUGGUGCCCGCAAAAUAACAUAGGCUUUAUAGACAAUUGGAAGAAUUUUUGGGGCAGACCUGACCUGUUGAAAAGAGAUGGUGUUCAUCCCUCCUGGGGUGGUGCCGCUCUUCUCUCUAGAAAUAUGAGCUAG